ACCCCUUAUUGAUUCCAAGAACCCAUAUAAAUACUAAACAGCUUAGCUAUAAGCUUUGAAGCUUCCUACUUCUUCUCUCCCUAGGAGAAAAAACAUAAAAUUAUUUAAGUGUGUAGUCUUAUACAUCUUAAGGUUGUAAAAUUUCCGGAAUUUUCGGCCAUGAAGCGUUUCAGUUCACUGUAUCCACCUCAAGAGAAGCAGCAGCAAGAGGAGAAUUGUCAUCACAGCAGAGAUUUUCAGGCAAUGCUGGAUGGUUUGGAGGAUAAAGACAGCAUAAGCAUCGAUGAAGUAGAGCAGAAUGGGGACAAGAAAAGGCGAUUGAGCCACAAUCAAGUGAAGGCCUUGGAGAAGAAUUUUGAAGUGGAUAACAAGCUCGAUCCUUGUAAGAAGGUGGCACUGGCUCAUGAAUUAGGCCUCCAGCCGCGACAGGUUGCAGUGUGGUUCCAGAAUCGUCGUGCUCGUUGGAAAAUAAAGCAGCUGGAGACGGAUUACAACAAUCUUAAAGCCAAUUAUGAAUCUCUCAGGCUGAAUUACGGUCAGCUUGAGCAGAACAAACACAGUCUGACAAGCGAGUUGAAAGAGUUGAAAGCCAAGCUUGACAAUGAAAAUGUAGACAAGAAAACGUCGUUGUAUGAAUCAGAAAGCACGGGGCAUAGAAGGAGCUGGAAUGAGCCUGAACCAUCUAACAGUACAAACAACUUAGUAGAGCCUAAAGUGUCGCCUUACAGUGAUUCCAGUGUUUUUAAUCAAGAACCUAUUCGCGGCUUUCAGUUGCUACCAGCACCUCAUGAGGACUUGUCAAAUCCAGGCCCGGACUUCUGUUUUCCGUCUCAAAUGAAUCCUUAUGAAGAGCUUAUGCAUUCAAAAAGUGUACUGGGGAACGCACACCAGCAGCAAUGGACGGAGAUGGAAGAGGCGUCUCCUUUUGGUAGUGUAGACGAAUCCUGCAACAUCUACUCAGUCGAUCCAGUGCUCACCUUCGGCUGGUAAUGCAAUUUGUUGCCUAAUGCAUAAUGCAUAACGCACUUGACUCCUAGCCUAAAUGAUGUUUCUGAAGGACUAAACCAAAUUCAACAUUUCUUUUUGGUAAUUUUUGAACACAAAGCCCUCUGUGAACUUGUUUAAAUAUGAUCCCAGCGAGUGUAUUUGAACAUUUCGGAGUAGUUUCUUAUAUGUCAAAUGUGAUCUUGAUCUUCACAAGCUACUUAAAUUUUUUAGCUAUGAACUUGUAUAUUAAGCUAUGCAGUUUAUGAUGCUCAAACUUCUGUCGAAG